GCAUUCGAGCGCUCCGUGUUGAGAGGGUGCCGUCUUGAGUUGAGUGGUGUUCAGUGAGCGAGUGCUGAGCGAGUGUUGUCUAAACGAGUGAGUGCUAGGUAACCAUGUCUGUAUUCCGAGCCGGGCUGUUCAGCAACAAAGUUGCGAUCGUAACUGGCGGAGGGACCGGCAUCGGGAAGGCGAUAGCAGCUGAGCUGGUGUCCCUGGGAUGCAGCGUCGUGAUCGCGUCGAGGAAGAUGGAGCGGCUGCAGGAGGCGGCACAAGAGCUUUGUGGCUGCAUCCCACCCAGCAGCCCGGCCCGAGUCACGACCGUGCAGUGCAACAUCCGUCACGAGCAAGAGGUACGGGGCUUGAUGAGCACCACCCUAGAGAGGUAUGGAAAGAUCGACUUCCUGGUGAACAACGGAGGUGGGCAGUUCCCCAGUCCGGCUGAGGGCAUCAGCACCAAGGGUUGGCACGCCGUCAUCGAGACCAACCUCACCGGCACCUUCCUGUGCUGCCGCGAGGUGUACAACUUGUGGAUGAAAGAUCACGGUGGAGUCAUCGUAAAUAUAAUUGCUGACAUGUGGAGAGGGUUUCCGGGAAUGUCGCACACGGGCGCGGCACGAGCAGGCGUUGACAACCUCACUAAGAGCCUGGCCAUCGAGUGGGCGAGCAGCGGCGUCCGCAUCAAUGCUGUUGCACCGGGAACAAUAUUUUCCCAAACUGCAUCUGAAAACUAUAAGCAUUUGUCAGAAUCUCCAUUUGAUAUGAUGAAGCCAAGGAUCCCUGCCAAGAGGCUUGGUUUGCCAGAGGAGGUGUCGCCAGUCGUUUGCUUCCUGCUGUCACCUGCUGCAUCCUUCAUCACUGGGGAGACGGUGAAGGUGGAUGCAGCACAGAGCCUAUACCAGUCUCCGUGGGAUAUUCCAGAUCACGACAAGAUGCCCGCACCAAAAAUAGAUGUGUCUGCAACGGAUUCCGAGGGGCAUGCAAAAGUGUCCCCAUCCAAACUGUAAUAUUGAUCUUGGGAAUUGUGUGGUUAAAACAGUGUCAGGCCUUGUUUUUGCUGUCGUGGACGCUAUUGUGUAAAUUUAGAUAAAAUCAGCACUGCUGUAAACCUGGCCACGCACAUGGUGCCAGAUACAAGCUUAAAUUACCUCUACUUAGAAUUUAAAAUAAUAAAGCACAUGGUGCCAGAUACAAGCUUAAAUAACUUGCUAAUUCGAAUUAAAAAUAAAGCUCAUUUAAAAAAGCAAGUAGAUAAGUGUGAGAAAAUGCAUUAUGCAGUAGAGGAUACGUAUGAAUUUACAAUGCAAUAUGUACACAUUUCAAAUAAAAUGUACAGUGGUUAACCUUUGAAGUUUGCAAUGAACCGAGUGGAUGUGUGGUACGAGUCCUCAUAUUGUACAAGACAUUGUGAUGUUCGUAAUGUUACAUCAUUAAACACAUAUAUAUUUAUCACGAGCAAUACUUACAUCUCAUUGAAUUUAACCACAUUGCGCAACACGGUUAUAUGAUUUCACGGAAUGACAUGCAUACACCACGCUGAAAAAUUGUAAUGCUCAAUUAUUCUGCAAGGCUAUCAAAACGUGUACAGUAUACGCAAAAUCGUGUUCUGAUAAGACUGCAAUUGUUUUUAAACAAAAUCAAAUAACGGCAAAAUAAGCAUUGACAGAAGCACAUGUGACUUGAAUGUUUAAUGCAAUUCUCAUAGAACAUACAUUAGCAAUGGUCAAAUUGUCUGGGACUGUUGUUUUACAAUAAAUGUAAUAAUCACUCUU